UGUGUGUGAGCCGAAAUGACGCCCUGGUCGGUGUGUGCAUGCCCUACAGAGCGCGCGCCGCUGCUGGCGCCGUGCAGCGUGGACGCGGACUGCGUGUCCAAGCACGGCCGCCACUCGGCCUGCAGCAACUACUGGUGCGAGUGCGCGGACGGCGCCGAGUACGACGCGGCCUUCAGCAAGAGCUGCCUGCUCUCCCGCACAGUGGCGACCGAGGCCGACCCGUCGUGCGAGGAGGCCCGGCAGUGCGUGAUCCUGCUCCGCAGCGCGGCGGGCCCCUCGGGCGCGGCCGUGUGCCUGGAGGGCAAGUGCCGCUGCCGCUACGACCACGAGUUCAACAACGGCACCUGCGUCCUCAAGAAGGCUCGAGGCAUGGCGUGCUCCAACGACGUGGAGUGCGAGGACCUGGUGGACGGCGCCUGCAUCCAGGGCGUCUGCGGCUGCGCGACGGGGACAGUCCCCGCCGUGGCCGCCAACAAGUGCCUGCCAGUGCUCCGCAGCCUGGGCGCGCCGUGCGUCGAGCAGAUCCAGUGCUCCGAGGGCCUGGGCGACCUGGGCCUGUGCCGGGGCGGCGCGUGCGCCUGCGAGGACGGCGCGCGCCUCGGCGCCGACAACAGGUGCGAGUGCGAGGCGGGCCGCGCCGAGGACAAGACGCGCUGCGAGCGGCCGCCCAUGCACGCCAGCGUGGCCAAGGUGGCCCAGCGGCAGGAAGGAGGCAAAGGCGGCGCGGCGACACCCUUCUCCUCAGUGCUCACCAUCAUAGCUGUGGUCUCGGCCUCCCUCUGGACACUCAGUGGCCCGUAGCGUCGCCGAGGGCUAACAACUGCCCACCUCCCCCUUUUCUCAACAAGGGACUUUAUACCACUUCUCGAAAUCCUGCUUAUUACCAAAUUCCUUGGUUGGUAAGGACUCGUUCUCUUAGUUAGUCUAUUAUUUUAGUGAAAUGUGUAAGCAAGAGAAGGAAACCUCUAUUAUUUUGACGGAUCAAUGGUGUGAUGAGUAAAAUCACUGAAAGAGAAAAGGCUAGUAUUUUACUAUGUGAUAUUGAAUAUCGUCUAGGGUAUGGGGAUUCAGGGAAUUCCUUAAUUUCCAAUUGUUAGGCCUACUGUGACACCUUGAAUCCUAAGAUCUAUUUAGCUCAUAAGAUAAUAGAAUAUUAUUCCAGAAGUAUUUUUACCGUAAGUUUCAUUAUAUGUGUAAUAUAUUGUACUGUUUGGUGAUUUUGUAAUGUAAGGGACAGUAUAGCAUAAAAAUAAAAAUAUUUUGCUUUCUGUUUACAAAAA